UUAGUUUCUUGAAGCUUUCAUCAUUCCCAUCUAUCGCAUCGAGCUCUGGAACCAAUAGCUACAUCUCCAAUCGUCCUCCACCCCUUGAUCACCCUCAACCACCGCCGCAACGAUGCCUCCCAAAGCCGCACCCAAGGGCCGCACCCUCGCCGGAUCCCAAGACCCCAACUUCGCAGUCAGUGCAUACCAGACUAUAAUGAGCAAGGACAACCGCUCCGUUGUUACUGCGAUUGGACUUUUUGCUGUUGGCGUCACAUUUUUGCACAGCAGCUGGGCUGAGAUCCUUCUCCCGGCGUAGAGAGAUGAAUUUGGAUGAGGAAGGACGAGAAAGGAGGAGGCGGGUGUAGGAUAGGCGCUGCGAUGACUGCGCGAAGGCGAGAGGAGUUUGCACGAGGACACGUUCUUU